CGUCAACAAGGCCAUUUCGAUCUUUCCUCUUUUUUCUUAGCCCCGAAGAAAACUCUCUCCUUUCCGUCUCUCGAUCCAUCUCGCGGCCUCGCUGCUGCAACGACAUGGAUGCCAAGAUUCGUGAAUUCUUCGACUCCGUCGGCUCCUUCUUCACCGGCGGCGACAACGUUCCCUGGUGCGACCGCGACGUCAUCGCCGGUUUUGAGAGAGACGUUGCGGAGAGUGGCAGCGCAGAGGCCAAGAACGAAGGCCUCAUGAGGUUGUCCUGGGCGCUCGUUCAUUCCAGGUACCCGGAAGAUGUGAAUCGCGGAAUCGCCAUGCUUGAAGCUUCUUUGGAUAGUUCAGCAAGUCCACUGCAAACUAGGGAGAAGCUUUAUUUGUUGGCUGUUGGGUUUUACAGAACUGCAGACUACUCCAGGAGCCGUCAGCUGCUUGAGCAAUGUUUACAGAUCGCACCAGAUUGGCGACAAGCCCAAACUCUGAAAAAAGUAGUGGAAGAUCGAAUUGCAAAAGAUGGUGUGAUCGGCAUCGGAAUCGCGGCAACCGCCGUGGGGCUUCUGGUGGGUGGCAUCGCCGCACUUGCAACUAGGAAGAAAUAAUCCCAUGUUCUUCCCUUAUGCUCUCAUUUCAUGCCUUGCUCUGUCGUAUUAUCGGAUUGCUGCCUUAUUUUGGUAAAUGCUAUAUUCCUUUUUUUUUUUUUUUUUCUGUUUGAGUGAAGAUUUUAUCCUUUUUAGGCGUUCGUCAUAUUAAAGAGAUGUCAUGUAUUAAAAGUAAGGCAGGACUUAUUAAAGUAAUUUUAUGAUGUCCAUUCUACUGGAAUUCAUAGUUCGGAACUUGUAUUUCAA